CAAGACAAAACAUUUGAUUAUAAUCUUAUCCCAAUUUUCCAAAACAGUUGAAUUGAAGGAGAGAUGGGAGAGAUGAGCGGCAGUAGCAGCACAACAACAGAAGCAUGGGUGCUGGACUUGCUGCGUGGGUUCAGAUACCAUCCCCCCGAGGAUGAAAUGGUGAACCUUUUGAAGAAGCAGGUGGAGGGCCAGCGCUCCCAAGCCAUGCCUGAAAUCGAGGACAAGCCUUGGGAUUUACCUGAUAAUGAAUCUAUCGAACUUUUUCUUCGCUUCUCGAAGAAGAUGAUGCAGGGCAAGGCCUCCCAAGCGUGCCACAUCAUCCCAGACAUUGAAUUCUACAAGUACGAGCCUUGGGAAUUAGCUGGACUCAUGUUGCCAGACUCUCCAUAUCAAACUAGGAUGUGGUUAUGCUUCAACCGACCUGAUCACAAAUACGCCAACAGUCCUCGCUGCAAUAGGCUCACAAAGAAGGGCUUCUGGAAAAUCACAGGAAAGCCACGAGAAAUCAAGUCUCGACAACUCUCCAAAUCGGUCACUUGCAAAAAGAGGACCUUAACCUUCCAUUUAGGUCGUCCGUCUGAGUCGAGCAAGACCGGCUGGGUCAAGCAGGAGUAUUCUCUUACUUCAACUGUCCCGGGUUCUAAUCUGAGUGCCCUUGUUCUUUUACGCAUGAAGUAUAAGUCAGCUGACUAUGAGUCUGAUAAUAAGAAGCAGCAGGAUGUUUCAAUAGAUGAUGAAUCAGCUGAUCCUGCUAUUGGUGGCGCCAUGGCCUCUAAUUCUCAAGAUGAUCAAGCUGCUGCAAAUCAUAUGAUUCCGGAGGCCGAAGAACAUCUGCGUGGAAGUAGCAAUCAUAAUGAUGGUGAACCUGGUGGCUUUGUUUCAUCUGGUUUUGAUGAUAUUAUUCAAGAGUUAUGUGCUCAGCUAGGACUGGAUUCACCUUCUCCUCCUCCUGAGCCGCCUCGGCCACACCAGCUACCUCAGCUGGGAAAUGUUCCUGGUACUGGUGACUCCCUCGCCUCUAAUUCUGAUAACCAAGUUGCUGCUAUCCAUCAUGUUAUUACAGAAGAAGAAGAAGUUUUGGCCUACAAAGAGCUAGAACGUGUUCUUCUUGACAGUGGCAAUCCUGAUGAUGGUGAACCUGGUAGCUGUGUUUCAUCUGAUGUGCCUCAAGAGUUAUGUGCUCCGCUAGGAGAAGAUCUGGAUUCACCCGUUCCUCCUCCUGGGCCACCUGAGCUCGGAAAUGCUCCUGAUGUCUAUACUGAUGAAUGCAGUAGCUGGCCAUUCCCAAUUGAGGAUAAUGAUUCUUCUCUUCCAAACAAGAAUAUUAUUCCAACCAAUUAUGACAGCAAACCAGUUAGCAACACAGCCUCUAACUUCGAGAAUCAAACUAAAGAUGAAAUUCCUGAGGUUUAUUCUCAAUCAGAAGAAAAUCUGCAAUGGUUCUUUCGUUCACUUGAGGUAGAGGAUUACACAUUGCCUUCCUCAAUAUUAUACGCGGAACAGGGAGAUGUUCUGCAUGCCAAUAACUUUAUUGGAUGCAAUGAGUCGCAAUAUGCGGCUCUUUUCCCACAAAGUUCUUGAGUAACAAAAACAUCAUAAACUCUUUCCAAUGACUACAACCUACCAAAAUCAUUGGGAAGGGUUUAUGAUGAGGAUGGUGGAGUACAACAGUGACACAAACACUGAAGUACUCCAUGUAAAGAUUAUUUGCAUUAGCUAUUAGAGAAACACUCCAUUAUGGUUAAUGAACCAGAACAUUUUAUUUAUAGGAGAAUAUCAAAGGGGACUUAUAAACAACAAGAGCCCUUGUAAGCAUGUGUCUCAAACUCACAUUAUUACAGACUGAUAUUCUCCUACAAAUGUUUCACAAACGACAUAAGUUACUAGUCUGUCACAUACAGCAAGGGUUUUGGGCAAUUAUGUCCAAAAGCUUUGAUGUGUGUGUAACCCCAAAAAAAAGAGAAGAAGCUGUGUCCCAGCAUCCCCAAGUUUUGGAAACUUCAACCUUAAUUGGUAGGUGAACUUGUUGGUACAAAGAAAGACCAGCAAAUGCAAAUGGUUGAAAUGCCAUCUGGAACUCUCUACCCUUCUCCGAAUCAACGAGUCCAGAUGAAGUAAAGAUGUCUUUUCUCAGAAGCAGUCUUUUGGAGAUGGCACUUCCUCUAUCAACACAAACUACAGAUAUUCCUCAGAUCAGUAGUCUUCUUCAACUAGUAUAUCUAUCCUACAAGUCGAAGAACACACAACCUCCAUAUCAACCAAUAUCCAUUCACUUCUUCACUGCACACAUGGGAGGUGCUUCGAGAAGAAUCUGAGUGCAGAGUAGUAUCACAACCCAAGGUCAGGAAGCUGCAGCUCAUUGUGUUGCCGUUCAAACCGUUUGAAGCGGGCAUGGAAUGGGCAGCUGGCACCAAAUUGAAGGGUUCUUUUACUUUCCUGGAAGCAUCUCCUAUGGUACUAUAAUAUUUCAAUACCAAGUUCUAGUUGUAUAGCCUUACAGGCUUGCUUUUGUUCCACAGUCGCUAUCAUUAUAGAAGUGGCGCUAUAUAGAAGCUUCUGCUACAUGGCUGCUGGAGUCUCAGUUUACUAUAUUAGUAUAACCAGACACUAGUGUGAUGUUCUGGUUACUGAUGUAGAAUCUUUGAACUCCAUCCUUAAUGGAGUAGUAGUUCCUAGUUAGUCAUUUCGAAAAUGUACGAUUAUUUUUGUAUUUUGAAGGUCUUAAACCUAUCAAUGACCUACCUUCAGUCUGAAACAUCCUACCCUUUACCACUAGAAAUUGUAUCCUUGUUAAUAUUGUUUCGAUUAUCGUUGUAUCCUUGUGAAUGUUGUUUAUUUCCAACAUUUCAAUGUUGAAUGGAGAAUAUUGUGUAUUA